UCAUAAACUCAAAAUUUUGAAGAUUGUAGGAUUAGUCAGCCGAUCACGUUUCAAAGCUGCCUUAAUACUGGAUCUUCUCAAGAUUAAUUCUAUCAAGAAAAAUUCUCAACAACUAGACAAAAGUGUAAAGCUUAAACCGGGCAAUCUCAAUCCCGCAUUUCCAAGAAAGUGACAGAAAUUCAUCGGUGAGGUAGCGCUCUCUUUGUUCCUAAUUAUGCCUGCAGAAUCGGUCCCAUAAUCCUCGGCGGUCGGGCCAAGAUGAUAGGGCCCGCUCUGGCGGUAAAAAAUAGGAGGUGGGGAAAGAUUGCGACCGAACGCGCACGGAAUCGCCCGAAUGUGUGGUGCAUCUGCGUCGUGUGAGCGCGUCAGUCGGUCGUCGACCACCGACGGGGAUGGCUAUGGCAUUGGUAUUGUGUAUCGUGAUCACGUGACAUUGUCACUACAAGUGUGGUAAAGAUUGCCUUCGUAGGUGAUUCGAAUACUCAUACAUAUUCAUUAUUAUUAUUCAUUUUAUGGUUAUUAUUUAUCGCGUUAUAUGCGAAAUAAAAUGUGAAUAAAUGCCAUCGACAUCAAAAAUGGUGCUACGCGUUGUGGUAUUCAUCCUUUCGGCAAUGUCAGUCCGAGGAUGGGGCAUCAAUCACGUGCACCCUGAAACCGGCGCCAAAUGCGAGCGAUUAAACGUAUCCUUCUGCCGGGGAUUGCGUUACAACUUGACGGCGAUGCCGAAUUUUAUGGGCCACGAGGAUCAGCGGCAGGCAGAACGAGGGCUAUCUGCGUUCAUGCCGCUGGUCCACUACAAUUGUUCGAAACACCUCAGGCUCUUCUUGUGCGCCGUCUUCGCUCCGGUCUGCUCGGAACAUGUGGCUAUACCGGCCUGCAAAUCUCUCUGCCUUUCCGUAAGAAGAGACUGCGAGCCGGCUUUAACCAGUCUCACGCUCCCGUGGCCGCAUAUGCUGGACUGCGAUCGCUUCCUCGAUCGUGGAAAUACAUUGUGCGUUCAGCCGCCAGAUGAAAUAAUAGACGACAUCAGUCCACCGAUACUGCCAACUAUUCUUCAGCAGUGGCCGGUAAUGCACGAACGACCACCGCAAAUCUCCACGCGAAUACAACAGCAACAUCAUCAUCAAUGCCCUUCUCACUUUGUACAGAUAUCCGAUAUGGAAAUGAUCUCUUGCGCACCACGUUGCGGUACUGAUGCGUAUUAUCGCGCUGAAGACAAAAGAUUUGCAGAGCGUUGGAUGACUGGCUGGGCAUGGUUGUGCUUUCUUUCGACACUUUUUACCCUGCUAACCUUUUGGGUCGAGCCAUCCAGAUUUCGUUAUCCUGAAAGGCCGAUAGUUUUCCUGGCACUUUGUUACAAUCUCCUUUCCAUAGUUUACAUCAUUCGUGGCGCGAUCGGUGCUGAGAAUCUCAGCUGCGUCAGUCAGAUUGAUGGGCCGAGCUAUGUUCCAGUUCGCGAUGCUUUGAAAAGCGUUCCUUGUACACUUUGGUGGCUAAUCAGAUACUAUUUGGGACUAGCUAGUAAGAUGUGGUGGGCGGUGCUGUGCGGUUGUUGGCUGCUGAGUGCUAGGAAUGAAUGGAGCAGUGAAGCUCUACAUAAUAUUGCACCUUAUUUUCAUGCGGCCGCAUGGAUUCUUCCAAUAUUUUUCACAGGAGGAAGUCUACUAUCGCGCAAUGUGGUGGCGGACGAGUUAACCGGGCUAUGCCAGAUCUCGGAUGAAUCAGCGCUGUGGUUGGAAGUACUACCGCACGCCGUGCUGCUGUUGCUGGGUUGCGUGUUUGGUAGCAUUGCUGGCAGCGCUCUGGUCCGGGUACGAAGAGCCGUACGUUGCGCCGGACGCAGCGCGACUAAACUUGAGCGCCUGAUGACGCGGCUAGGUAUCUUCGCGCUGUUGUACGCGCUGCCGGCGCUAGGUAGUCUUGUUUGCGUGCUGCACGAGGCCUCGGUGAGACCGCGAUGGCGAAAAUUGUCAUUGCUGGCUGCACUGGAUUGCCACGUGGCACAGAAUUGUGCCCCGGGUCCGAUAUACCGGGCUGCCGGUCUCGAAGUUGCCCUUCUCAGACUCUUCCUGUCCCUCGUGAUCGGCGUAACCUCCGGCAUGUGGGUAUGGUCCGGCAAAACUUGCCGUGCCUGGAGCAAACUACUCGCUGCACCGAGCAAAUCCACUAGAAUCCAAAAUCCUUUCCAAGGAUUCAAACAGGAUGACAAUAUCGCUUGAGAGUUUUGCAUCUACGUCAAUGUGAACAUCCUAUAAGACAUCAC